CUCUCGUGGCGGUCACACAGUCCUCCGCCACAGUAGUACACCCCUAUACCUACACUUCGAUAGACGAUAUCGUGUGGAGUGCAGUGAAUGUUCUUAUAAGUGCUUCUGUUCGUUUAUGCCUGGUAUAAUUUUAAAGUAUGACUUGAAAAUGUGACGGGCGUGCGUUAUGCAUCGACGCCUGUGAUGUCUCUAAUAUGCAGUGGGGCGGCCUCUACUUCGUGUCUCUGGCGAUAUGCUGUUUACAUACCGCUUCUGAGCCUCUGCCCAGCAUCUCGGAGUACAGUUCCAAUGUCCGGAGCCGUCGAAGCGAUGACAAGGACAGCCUGGCGCUGUCCAGGGAGAUAUUCAGGAACAUCACGAAGCAGCUGCGAGAGAACAUCGGGAGAGAAGGUUCGACGGACAAGAACGAUCUGCUACCGGGCAAGGUCGAGGAAUCUCGGCAGUACCUCCCGUUCCAGGGCUACCACGACCACCACCACGAGCACCACUGGGGGCCCUCCUUCGAGGAUGAGAAGUACACGCAAGUUACAGCCCAUGUCGGCUCUGAAGCGUUACUGAACUGUCGUGUUAUUAUGCUCAAAGAUAAAACGGUGACGUGGAUGCGGAACUCCACAGACUCCGCACAGCUGCUGACAGUAGGGCCUGCAGCCUACACUGGCGACAAUCGUAUCGCGAUGAAGUUCCAGUACCCCAACAACUGGCGGCUGAGUAUGAACCCGGUCAAGCGCUCGGACGCUGGUAACUACAUGUGCCAAAUAGCCACGCAUCCCCCGAGAACAAUAUUCGUCAACUUGACUGUGUUACCUCCCGUUUUAACGAUAAAUAACGACCAAACUUAUGAGAUGAAGGAUAGAUUUUACAAAGCUGGCAGCUCAAUAAACCUAGCAUGUAUCAUAUCAGAAGAUUAUGUUUUAACGUUGCCAACGAAAGCCCCUAACACUACUCCCCUCCCUACCACCACCGAAGCCACCACUACCACGGAGCUAACUACGAAGAAAUUUAGUACUGUGUUAAAUAGAAUAGAAAUAAAUUUGAAUAAGAGUUGGAGUGUUGAGACUACGACGCUAUCAACGACUGUUAGUUUAAGUACGACAACAAAAGCGCCGGAGACUACUAUCGCAACGACAGUGAAGACCACUGUACCUGCAGUUGUGAAUAAUAUUUAUGGGCUAGUUUGGAAGAAGCAAGGGAAAGAGUAUAAUGAUAAUGUUACGUGGCGGAAUAUGAGUGCCACAAUCAAUGUAGCGUCCGCAUCGCAAAACGACAGCGGGACCUAUACAUGCCUUUUACAAAACCACUCUCAAGUUACCGUCAACGUGCAUGUUAUAAGUGGUGAAAAUCAGGCAGCUGUGCACCUGGAUACUUGGAACAAAGGAACCCUAUUCUGGCAACCCCAGAGCGUAUCAUUGAUCAAUAUUACGGCUAUCUUCCUUUUUUUAACUCGAAGAUAUGUUUGAAAAAGUUAUUGCAAACUUUUUCAUUAUUUUUUUAUUCCUAAAAAUCUAUUUGACUUCUGAGAAAGUUUCUCAAUAAGUUGAGCGGUAGGUAUAGGUAAUAUAUCUAGUCUUGACUUGAUAUAAAAAUUAUUGAGAAAAUGAAUUUUUUUUUCAAAAUAAUUGAGGGAGUUUAUAUCCACAUAUAGCUUAAGGGUAGGUUGCACCGUCAACUUUGCCGUUAACUUUGAUGUACGCAAAAAAGAAAAGUACGCCAUUUUCGGUUUAAAUCAACGUCAAAUUUGACGAUGCAAUUCACCCUGAAUGACAAGGUAUAUUUGUAUAUAUUUUUAUUGGACACGUUCUACGGCCUUUGUGUCAUGAAUAAUAAGCAAGAAUUAGAAAAAAAAAGUUAGAUUAUGUUGUUAGAAGUUCGAAAUUUUGUUAAAAUAAAGUUAAAUUUAUUAGUUAAAAGAAUAAGUGUGUGCGAUAUGUAAAUAAAGUCUACUUACUGAUGUAAAAUUAUUUCCGUAUUAUUUGUACUGACGGUUUUUGAAACAACUCUCUGAAACGCAAGACAUUAUGCUCAGUUGCACCAGUCAAUCUUAACAUUACCUUACAGUGCCCGCCGCCUUGCUCAGUCGUAGGUACUCCAUUGCGACAACGCAGGUAUGUGCAGCUGGAAUGUGAUAUGUUGUUUUGUAUAAGAUUUAACAUUGACUUGAAACUUCUACAUUCUUUCGCGUUGAUCUGUAGACGGAUGUGAACGUGACUGAGCGCGACUGAGCUGGGGACGGCACUAACCUACGCUGAAAAUGGCAAAUUACGCCAUUUUGUCUAAAUGUCGGCGGCGCGCAGGUUAAAGUUAACGUAAAAAAUGACUGGUGCAAUCCACUCUUACUGAUAAAUUAUUUUUGUUACAGGACGUAUCAAUAAAUAAAAAAGCAUCCAUUGCAUUUUUCUAAUGAAUAUCCUAUAACUAGUAUAUUAAACAAUAGAUCUUGAUAUUUAAGGUAAAUGGGAACAUUCCUUAACACGUUAUAUAACGAACUUAAAUUUGACAUGAACUUUAUAGGUAUACACUUAGCAAGCUAUUGUGACCCUUAUGGAAACGAAUACCAAAACGAUCAGUAUAUGCAACGGCUUAUAAAAUAAACCUUUAAAAUAUAGAUUUAAAAUAUGUAUACAUUUUAUGUGAAUUAUUUUUUAAAUUGGCGCAUUUUUAAAGGAUUUAAUAAUUAUUAAAACGUUAUACAAAUAUAUGUUCAGAAAACAGUAUUUGAAUGCAAACUUUUUGUAAGUUAGUUACACAUGGAUUUUUUAAGUUCUUUAUUGUUUACUAGCCAAUCCUGCAGCUGUGCCUGUAGUAAGCUAUAUUAUUUA